CACAGUGAGAUCGGCUCGCCGUAGGUUUCCUCUACAGCGAGAAGAGAGGCGUCGAGACAGAUUGGGAAGACUCAAUACCACCACCUCUACUAACUAUAAUUUACAAUGAAACCGUUAACAAUACUUCCCUCUCUCGAUGUUCACGUUUUCACGAUUCUAUUGCUGGUGAUGGGCCUCUCUACUCCAGGACAAACAGAAAUCACUAGUCUGGACUCGGGCAACAUUGACGAUGUCCUAAAUAAUGCUGGCGUGGCAUUAGUAAAUUUUUAUGCAGACUGGUGUAGGUUUAGUCAGAUGCUCCAUCCAAUUUUUGAGGAGGCAUCUAACAUUGUGAGGGAGGAGUUCCCUGAUACCAAACAGGUGGUGUUUGCUCGCGUUGACUGUGACCAACACUCGGAAAUUGCCCAGCGGUACCGCAUUACCAAGUAUCCAACGCUGAAGUUGUUCCGCAAUGGCAUGAUGAUGAAAAGAGAGUACAGGGGUCAGAGGUCUGUGGCAGCCAUUGCUGACUUCAUCCGCCAACAGCAAGUUGAUCCUGUAAAAGAAAUGCACUCACUGGAGGAGAUUAACACUCUGGAUAGGAGCAAGAGAAACAUCAUAGGUUACUUUGAGAAUAAGGACACAGAUAAUUACCGCACAUAUGAAAAAGUUGCCAACAUUCUUCGUGAUGACUGCACAUUUCUGGCUGCCUUUGGUGAUGUCUCUCGCUCCGAGCGUUUCAGUGGUGACAAUGUGAUCUACAAACCCAUGGGUGAGAACAGCCCAGACAUGGUCUACCUUGGCUCACUCACCAACAUGGACCUGACAUACACUUGGGCCCAGGACAAGUGUGUACCUCUGGUCAGGGAGAUCACCUUUGAAAAUGGAGAGGAGCUCACUGAAGAAGGAAUACCUUUCCUAAUCUUGUUUCAUAUCAAAGAAGAUACAGAGAGCUUAGAGAGGUUCCAACAGGAAGUAGCUCGUCAGCUCAUCAGUGAGAAAGGGUCUAUAAACUUCCUUCACGCAGACUGUGAUAAGUUCCGCCAUCCUCUUCUCCAUAUCCAGAAAACUCCAGCUGACUGUCCUGUUAUUGCUAUAGAUUCAUUCAGACACAUGUAUGUCUUUCCAGACUUCAAUGAUCUCUCUGCCCCCGGCAAACUAAGACAGUUUGUUUUGGACCUUCAUUCCGGAAAGCUUCACCGAGAGUUUCACCAUGGUCCUGACCCCACAGACAGCACGCCUGGACAGGAGGAGUUGGUAGGAGAAGUGGCCAGCAGCCCCCCAGAGAGCUCAUUCCAGAAGCUGGCACCCAGUGAGACUCGUUACACCAUCCUCCGGGACCGUGACGAGCUGUGACCUCAGCUGCCUUCCAGGGAUCCUGUGACUCAAUGCCACGCCCCGGGGUCAGGGAGGGGGUUAGGGUUGGUACAGGCCGACGGGACAGAUCAGCAACACCCAACACCCUUACUGAAGAGAGGCAAGAAAAAAGAAGCGGAGGAGAAAAAGAAGAACAGGAUGAUAAAAGAAGAGUACAGUCCAUGACGCAACCAUGUUGGAAUAACCUAUAUUUUCAUAACUCUUUCAUGUACAAUUUUUAUUUUGGAAAAGGAGGGGGGGGUAAAGAGCAAAGUGUGGGGGCAGGUGGUUAGGGGCAUUAGAACAUCAAGAAAAAGGUUUUUACUUUUAUUUUUGGAGCUUGUAAAUACGUUUGUGCUACAUGGGAGUCUCAUUGUUGGUCUAAAUUAAAUGCAGAGUUUUCUUUAUUUUAUUCCUUUAUUGUCCAUCACCCUGCUGUUUGUAGGAAAAAAAACAGAACAGUGCCCUCACUCCAGUUGUACGGUUCUUAUCUGUGGGUAGUCCAGUUCAGCCUGUCUGAUAGGAGACGCUUGUUCAGUCUCACUGACCUCUUGGCUGCAUCUCAAUAUGACCAACAUUUAGAUAGUCUAGAUCAUUUGUAUAGCACAAGUAAUAACAAAAUGUCAGUUUGUCUUCUCCACACAUGAAGUUCUGAAGGAAUAAAACCCUAUUUUGAAGAGGUUAUGUCAUUUUAAUUAGGGAUUAAGACAGAAGAGGAAGAAAGAGAGCUACUCCAGCCUAUCAAGAUUCACCCCUUUACGCUCUGGUACUAAAUGGUUUUAGAUUAUGAUGUCCUUAGCGCUUAUAAAAAGUUUACACCCUCUUGGAUCUUGUAUUGUUUUAGCAUACUAACAUGCUGAAUUAAAACAAUUGGUUGCUAGCCAUCAAACAAAAGUGGCACGAUCAGCGUCCCUUCCACGAAGCCUGCUGGUGGCAGCAUCAUGCUGUGGAGGCAUCUCUGCAUCAGGCCCUGGAAGCUCUGUGAUGUGGUCAAAUGAAAACAGAUGAAGCCGGUUAACACAGAAAUCAAAUCAAAAUGUUAAUGUCCUGCACCAAUCUGUAGAAAUUAGCAGUGACACUGAAAUUAAAGUGUUUCUGUUGAUCAAUGUCAGAAAGUCUGAUUACAUCCAUCACUGUAAUACAGUUAAAUAUGCAAAGGUCAAAGAGGGGUGUUGACUUCAUAACACCAUAAUGCCUCUCCUGUUUCUAGGGAUGAGCGUAGAGGAAAUGGUAUCCUGAAAUAGUGAACUUUACAAUGAUAGUGAAUUUACAGAAUGGCUGUUGUUCAUUCGCCGUUACCUGUUGUUGAACGUGUCAUUGCGCUGCAGGAGGAAAGCUUGUGACCUUCCCUGUGCUUUAAAACGAGACACGGGGAAAACCCAUGUGAUGAACAGUGGAAAUUUACAGUCUGACGCUUUAUACCAGUGCUCCGGAAGCUGGUUCUGGUACUAUUCUAGAUUCCUGAGAUCCAUCCAGUGUGGAUGAAUCCAAAAGUGGAAGCCAGGGACCCAUCGCUAAGCUUUUACUGGUCCUGCUGUUCCAUAGAGGCCAACAGAUGCCUGCAUAGUAACAUAUCAGCCCUAGUCAGCCAUAAUGAAGAGCAACAAGGGGGAGUGUGAUGCCAUUUCUAAACCUGUCAUCUCAGAGGGGAAGGAGUGAGAAAAAAAAUGUAAAUUAAAAACCAUUUUACAGGA